AUGAAAGCCCUUUUGUCUCGGCGCACACUCUAUGCGGUUGUAUCGCUGGCGCUGACGUGGAUUCUCGCCUUGACUUAUCGAGAGUCAUUGUUCAAUGGAAUGAAGUCACACCUGAGAUUUUCUAAGCCUUCUGGAGUCCUCAUCAAAAACAAAGUCGCCACCAUUACCGAUACUCUUUUCACCCCUCGCUUGAUUCCCCUCAUUCUUCAUUAUCGCGCCGUUCUUGGCCCUUCAUGGCCAAUUGUUUUCUUUACCUCCCAAGCUACAUUUGACAAACAUUUCUCACCAAAUGCAUCCUCCACUUCUGCAGCAUGGCGUCGAGCAGUAGCAGAUGGGUCCAUUGAGACACGAAUUAUAUCAUCUCAAUUCAACCUCACUUCGCGAAAAGGUGUUAAUUCUUAUCUCUCAAACCCUUGGCUGUGGGAACAGCUUGCACCAGCCAAACACGUUCUUGUCUUUCAAGCCGAUGCAAUUCUUUGCGCAAAUGCACAAAAAGCAGUUGAUGACUACCUGGAAUGGGAUUUCAUCGGCGCUCCUCUCAACGACACACGGCAAGUCUUCAACGGCGGCUUGUCCCUUCGUAACAGACAGAUGACGCUCGAUAUCGUCAAGAACAGAGACUGGUGGACAGAUUGGAAUACAAAAGGCGCAGAGUAUGAAGGCCAUGGCGAGGAUUACUGGAUGAGUGUGUUGAUGCGCGAGAGAGGAGCUCAUCUCCCGUCUGUGCAAGAGGCGUUAACCUUCUCUAAGCAGUUGCCCUGGCACUUCAAGCUGCCAGGGGACCCGAUCGGGUAUCACAGGGUGCAUAGACAGCUGAGAAGGGACAAGAAGGCUAUUCCCAAAAUACGGGAGUGGUGUCCUGAGAUUGAUUUGGCAGGGACUGGCAAGCUACGAUGA